ACUAAGACCACCAAAUAAAAAAAAAUUCUAAUAAGUGUCUCAUAUCCACAAGUUAAUAUAUUUCUUCUUCUUCUCUUCCAACUCUGUCUCCCUUAAUCCUCAACAAUGGAGAAGAACCAUGAGACGGCAAUAACCCAGAUGAGGAAAUCACUUGAAAAAAUAGGAAUCUCAACUCAGAAUUAUAAUGAUGCUACACUAUUAAGAUUCUUGAUAGCAAGAUCAAUAGAUAUCGAGAAAGCAACAAAGAUGUUUGCUGAAUGGAAAAGAUGGAGGGAUGAAUUUGUGCCAUUAGGUUUCAUACCAGACAGUGAAGUACCAGAUGAAUUAGGUGAUGAAAAAAUGUAUUUGCAAGGUCUGUCUGCAAUUGGUCAACACCCAGUCUUGAUGUGCAAAGCUAACAAACAUUUUCCCUCCAAGGAUCAACUUCAGUUUAAGAAGUAUGUAGUGCAUCUUUUAGAUAAAACUAUUUCCAGUUCUUUCAAGGAUGGAAAAGAAAUAGGAAAUGAGAAGCUGGUCGCAAUUUUGGACUUGGAGAAAAUAAGUUAUAAGAACGUCGAUGCUCGUGGCUUUAUUAUUGGCUUUCAAUUUUUGCAGGCAUAUUAUCCAGAAAGACUUGCAAAAUUAUACAUGUUAAAUAUGCCAUGGUUCUUCGUACGUGUUUGGAAGAUGAUUUCUUACUUCUUGGAGAAAGCUAGUCUAGAAAAGGUUAUUAUUGUGAGCAAUGAGGAACAACGUAAAGAUUUUGUUCAGCAAAUCGGGGAGGAUACGUUGACAGUGGAUUAUGGUGGUCGAGGAAAGCUUGUACUUGUUCAAGACGUUACAAUUAAUCAUUUCCCAGCAUAAAAUGAGUAAAACUCCAUUGUCGAGGGAGUUUUUUCAUUAAUCGAUAAUGAAUAA